CAUCAACGAGAUGGCAGGGGUGACGGAGACAAAAAACGAUCCGAAAAAUGUCUUAUACCCUGGUAACCCGGACUGGAUGAAGAAUCUACCCGAAAGUCUACAUACAACUCCCCUGAACGAGCUAGCGAUACCGGGGUCCCAUGAUUCCUUCACAUUUUACCUGGACAAGACUUCAGAUGUGGGACCAGACACAUCUCAGGCCAUCCGUGAUCUGGUCAAGGUCUUUGGGGGAAUGGCCAAAGAUGUCAUCUUCAAAUGGUCUCAAACUCAAAGCUUAUCCUUUGCAGAUCAACUGAAAGCUGGAAUUCGCUAUUACGACUUCCGCAUUGCUUCAAAGCCAGGGUCUGAGGAUACCUAUUUCAUACACUGUCUGUACGGCAGCAAAGUGGAAGCAUCCCUACAGGAAAUAAACGGUUAUCUGGAAGAACAUCCGACGGAAGUCGUCAUCUUGGAUUUUAACCACUUCUAUGGCAUGAAUGAGUCAAUGCACAAACAGUUCAUGGCGGUAAUCUUAGAAACCUUUGGCGCCAAGAUCUGUCCUCAGAAGGACAUGAAAACCCUGACCCUCGACAUGCUUUGGCAGAACAAGUUCCAGGUGGUGGCCAUCUACCAGGACGAUGUUGUGAAAGACUUUGACCAGUUCUGGCCUGCCAGCUGCAUACAAUCACAGUAUGCAAACACCACUGACCCAACCAAGAUGGUCCAAUUCUUUGAGAAGACACACAGUGAAAAUCGUCCGGCAAAUACAUUUCAGACCUACCAAGGCGUUCUUACACCAGAUGCUACUUACAUAAUCAGCCGCUUCUCUGGAAGUCUCAAGAACGAUCUGGUGGCAAAAGCUGGUCCUGUCUUUGUUCAAUGGUUGAAGAAGAAGAAGCGAGGGAACAGUGGCAUCAAUAUCUGCACUAUGGAUUUUAUUGAAAAAGAAAGCUUUAUCUUUGAGAUGCUUGGUAUGAAUAAGUAACAGACGAUGCCAACAUGUAAGUCUCAUUUUCGGGAUGCUUGCUUUUAUUCUUGUUCCUGACACUGGUUUUCAGAGCACGAUAACUUGAGAAGCCCUGUGUGCACUGGUUUUCAUUGAUGGAAAGAUGAAGGAAAGAUGAGAGAAAUACCUCAUGGCGAACUCAGAUAUACGGACUACUUUAUCCCCACAGUGGCAGUGUUCAUAAUUUACUUGUAUCCUUUUAGUUCAGAAAUAAUGGCCUUAGUUGAUGUCUACUGUCUUUCGAGUAGGUCCUGACUGUUCUUCGUCGGUAGUUGCAGCUAGAAUGUAGUUUUUAGUUGAGAUCAUUACUAUAUCAGGUGUUCUUGCAUGCGCUGGUUAUUUAAUACUUAAGUAUUAUAAGGCUAUUAUGUGAUACUUAUCCAUUUUGAAACUAUACUGAUUUGAUCAAGGCAAAAUGUUUCUAUACUGUUGUCUUUAGUUGCUAAACAAUGAAUGUCCAAAUGUGCAUUCUUUUUUAAAGAGUGCAAUGUUCAACUUGAAUGCUGUUUUGAAAGACAAACCUUUCUGAAGUUUAUGAAAGGAAGAAGAUAUUUGGAUAAUGAUGUGUGUUGUUAAUAGGAAUAUGUAAUGUUUGUGUAUAUUUCAACCCAAAACAUGCCUUUUGUCUUCAGAGUAUUGGCACAUUGAAAUAAUUUCAGUCACAGUCGUUUUCAGUACAUAACAUUCAGGGGAACCCUGGGGUCCUCUGUGGAUUUCUUAAAUUCCUCUAUGGGGUGUUGUCUGAAUGGGCAACGUUUUAAACACACUGGCAGAGUAUGAUACUGUUGAGUUUAUAGUCUCUGAAAAUGCACAAUUUUCCUCGAAAAAAGUACUUUUAAAUUGAAAAAGAAUCCCAAUGAGAUGGGUGAUUCAGAACCUGAGAAAUAUCUAGACUUUCAUUAAGGGUUUUACAGGAAUAAUUGUUUGGAAGAGACAGUCAGGUUUAGGGAGCAGUUUAUUUGUCUGGCCAGUCAAACUGUCUGUCUGGAAUUUAUUUGAAUUUCACAUUCUGAUAUUGACCAAGAAAAAUCUGUCAAGCAUAAAAAUUUUUUGGUGUGGACUGAAAAUCAAAAUACAAUCAAAUCAAAUAUUCACGUAUCAAAAUCAUGAUCAUUGGAAGCAAAAGUUGAUGUGUAUUUCUUUUAAAGUCAAGUGUGAAACUGCUCAAAUCAUUUCAAGUCUGUCUAGUUGAAACCUUUACACAAUAUUUCCAUUAAAAAUGUAUUUCAUUUUUUUGUUUAGAAAUCAGAAGGGUGACUUGCAUCACUGAAUUUUUGCAACACAGAACCGUAAACUAUUGGCUUUUUCUAAAGAACCCCAGUAAUUGUAAUCAUUCUUCUUGAUUAGAGAGACUUAAUUAUCUUUAUCAGUUUUGUGGCCAAGUGUGAAAAAAGACUAAAAAAGACUUGUCCGAUAGCAAUUUUCUCCAGCAACCAGCUCACUUCGUCCUUUAUCGAGGAUGUGCGCAAUCAAAUUGUGCUGCCCCGAAUCUAUAAAAAUGUCUCAGUAGUUUAGACAGCCAAGUUAAUGGACUUUCAGUGUCUACUAGCUAUGGCCUCAGCUAGCUUUCAGUAAUGCUUAGAAACAAUUUAGAAGAUGUUACAAGACCAGCAACUCUGUGAUUGCCCUAGGGCAGAGGAUGAUGAGGCCUCUAUUGGUUUACAGGAUGAGCUAAGAAGCAAACAACUUUGCAAAAUCAUCAUGAUAAUCAUCAAAUGUAUUCAAAUAAAUGAGAACUAGAUUUUCUCUUCAAAACUUACUUAGGUAUAUCUUUAAAACUUCUAACUAAAACAGAUAUGUGGAAAUUGACUUCUGACACAUCACACCAUGUGUCAGAAGGCUAGUGUUAAGAUUUUUUGUAAUGUUAACAGAAUGUCGGGAAUAUUGUACAUGAAAUUAAAGUAGAGACAAUACAGACAGUUUAGAAUAAUCUUAAUUAAUCAUGAUUAGAUUUUCUUUUAAAUUUCGUAUCUUCUCUUCUUUUCACAGUUGUGUAACUGAUCAUAUCAGUAGUAAAAUCAUGUGUAUUGGAAAAAACACACUUUUUUUCUACUGUUUGGACAGUUGGUUAUUUUAAUACCAGUUUAAGGUAACUUUGUCAAAUGUGUUGAAAAAGGGCCCUUACCCUGCUUUUCAAUUUGUACCAGGACAGAAGGCGCUGCAAUUAGCGAAUUUGUCAUAAAUGUUAAUGAGAUAAGCCCAUUCAGACUUAAUUGGAUGUUAGUGCAAGUGCUGCUUUCCAUCAACUACCUUUGAGAGGUUUAACUAUGAACACAUCUACUUGUAGUCAAGUUUUAGUCAGAAGAUGGUGGGUGCUGGGAACGGUUAUUGAUUCAAUGUGCGUACAGAGAAAAUCAAUGGUGACUCUCUCCGUCACAAGAUUUUAAAUCAAAAUCAUUCUCCGUCUGAUUGAGUUCAUCUACCAUUCUCUACAUGCUGAUACAUUCAUACAUUUGAGUCCAGACUGGUGUAUGUUUUGCCAUUUCCAAAAGUAUUUUGAAAUCAGACCUUUUAGUGCAAUGUUCAUUCAAAAUAUUCUGAAAUAUAUUUCUUUUGUGAAAUCCCUGUAUAAUUAAAGAAAAGUGAAUUCAUCAACGUCAUUAGACGUAACAACAAAAGAUUAACAUCAAUAACAAUUGAAUUAAUUCAAGAGUGGAUUGGUUGGCAUAUUUUGAACUGAUAUGACCAUUGUAGAACAAGAUCAAUCAUCAUGACAAGCAUGGUGAACGGAAUAUUUCAGCUGUCUGUAAAUGAUACUUCUUUCCGACCAAUGUAAUUGCAAACACAGGAUACAGCGUUGUUGAUAUAAUACAAACAUUUGUUUGACAAUAACAAUUACGGCAUUUUUAAGUAUACAAUCACAAUCAACUUGUUGACUUCAUUCCAACUGACUAGUCAUGAAUUAUUGCGAUCAUAGUUUGUUCAUUUAGAUAUAAAUAAAUCCAGUGACCUUUGCUUAUGAGGUUCAUGAGAAUCCAAUCUUACUGACUCUGAUAGUUAGCUCUGAUAUGAUGCCUCUUGCCAUUUGAAAAACCUUCUGGAGGAAGUCACAUCAUCAGGUUCAUUUCCUAUCAGGAUGGAGGCUUCUCCGUUCUUUGUGAAAGCAAAUGAAGCAUUUGAACAUAUCUGACUUUUGUAUCUUAACAUGAACUCAAACAGGCAGUUCCAAAUGCAAAUGGAAAGUCAUGUUGAUCAUGGUUUUUAUGGAAAUCUUAAAACCUGUCCUUUCAGUUACAUCUUCCAGUGAACAAUGUUAGCAUUUCUGGUAGGACUGGACUCAGUUCUCCUCCUCCAAAUGGAAUUAAACUUGAAAUACUAUGAUGUCUGUUAAAGGCAACCAGUUUGAGAACAAAGUAAACUCAAGUAUCAGAAAGUUGACAUCUGAUGAGCUCAAGACCCCAUCCAUGUAUCAUUUUGAUUCGACAGCCAGUUUUUAUUUGACAUUAACCCCCGAGAACUUAUCAAAACUUGAAUGAGAGUUAUUGACUGAGAGUACAGUAUUUCAGUGAAAUUGCAUCAGAACUGUUGGGUUGGGUUUUUUUAAUUUUAAGUUUUAGUGGGAUUUUUAAUGUAGAUCUUAUUGAGAAGACUAUAUUCAAAUACUUGCCCCUGAAGAGUCCCCAAUGGCACUGAAAAAGCAAGAUAAAGCUCAACUUUUAAUGUUGGUUGGUUGGUUUGUUGUUUAAUGCCGCUCUCUGCAAUAUUCCAGCUAUAUGGCGGCUGUCUGACAUGUGUCAGCCCGGUCAGCGAGCCUGACCACCCGAUCCCGUUAGUCGCCUGUUACAGCAAGCAUGGGUUGCUGAAGAUCAAUUCUAACCCAGAUCUUCGCAGGUUCAACUUUCAAUGUCAGUUCAUAUGUUACGUUGUGUUUAAUAUUAGAACAUUUUGACAUUUCAGGCUAUUUCAUUUUAAAGACCAACAGAACUACAUUUCACACACAAAAAUAAUUAAUUUGAAACAUUUUUAAUAUGUACAUCAAACUAGGUGUGCCGAGGUGGAUUGGUUGCAUUACAAUCACUUAUGUUCUUGGAGCAAAUUUUCAUGACAAGACCACAAGGUCACACUUUGUGUUGGCGAUGAGUGACGAAGAAUGCCAAGAUGGUAGUUCCGUCUAUUACCUUGUAAUAUAGUGUUUAUCAUGUUCAGUGUUGUAAUUGGCUUCGGAACCUGCAUGUUGGUCACAUAGCCUGUGAUCACGCUGUGGUCGCUGUGCUGUCCUGAUAUUGUACAGUUCUAGGUAUAUAGAUGUUAGUAUGGUUAGUAGGACCAUGUUAGUCAUGUAAAUAAAGAUAUAUAUCCAUAUGAUAUCUGAAUGUUUGUCCCAGAUAUGUAUAUGUUUUGGAAUAUAUUUAUGAUUAUGAUUUGUAUUUUUGUCAGUCACAAUUAACAUGAUAAACAUUCAUGUAUUUGUCCUAGAAGCCUGCUUGUCAUUUCUAAUGUGGAAAGGCGACCAGCAUCAUGGCCCUUAAAAAAAAUGUCAUUUUGGUCUUUCCUUCUAUGAUUUCUUUCUAUCUUUUGCCAAUAAAAGGUGAAAUGACA